AUCUAAAGCUGAAGCUGAAGCUUAAUCUGCCAAGGCAUCCGAAUAUCUAGUUGAAAGGGUCUGCCGUUGUUGCCAAGUGAAGGUGACUGAAGCUAUCUGAGAUGGCCGCCAAACCGAAGUUCGUUUAUGAGAAGGAUGACCUGGCCACCAUAGGGGAAGUGGACGACAACGAGGUGGACCGCAUUGCGGAGUGCUUCAAGGGACGCAGUCUGUUCAUCACAGGAGGCACUGGGUUCCUGGGCAAGGUGCUGGUCGAGAAGUUGCUGCGGUCGUGUGGCGGCCUCAAGCGCAUUUAUCUGCUCAUCCGCCCCAAGAAGGGCAAGGAUCCGCAGGAGCGCAUCAAGGAUAUAUUCCAGAAUGUGCUCUUCGACCAGGUGAAGCAGCUUCGUGGCGAGGAGCACAUCCUGCAGCAAGUGGUGGCCAUAGCCGGCGAUGUCCUGUUGCCUGGUCUGGGAAUCUCUGAGGAGGAUCUGGAAACGCUGCGCGAGGAGGUGUCCAUUGUGUACCAUUGUGCAGCCACAGUGCGCUUUGAUGAGCCGCUCCGGAAUGCCGUGUUCAUGAACACCCGCGGCACCAAGUACAUGCUGGCGCUGGCCCAGACCCUGAAGCACCUGGACUUCUUCGCCUACUGCUCGACGGCCUACUGCCACCUGCACGUGAAGACGCUGUACGAGAAGCCCUACGACCCGCCGGCAGAUCCGCACAAGGUGAUGCAGGCCUGCGAGUGGCUGACGGACGACGAGGUGGCCACCAUCGAGCGCAAGGUGCUCGGCGACAUCCCCAACACGUACGCCUACACCAAGUCCCUGGCCGAGGCCCUGGUGGUGGAGAAGUUCGACCAGCUGCCCGCCGUGAUCCUGCGACCCUCGAUCGUGAUCCCCAUCUGGAAGGAGCCCAUUCCCGGCUGGACGGACAACAUCAACGGGCCCACGGGUCUGCUUAUCGGAGCGGGAAAGGGAGUCAUCCGGACCAUGUACUGCAAUUCCUCUGGCUACGGCGAUUUCCUGCCCGUGGACGUGGCUGUGAACGGCAUCCUGGUGGCCAGCUGGAGGAACAUCACCGCGGGCACGGACACCACCAAUCGGGUGGCGCACAUGACGUCCUCCAACGACAUCAAGGUGUCCUGGGCGGAGAUCAUCGAGCUGGGUCGCUGGGUGAUCGAGAACAAGGUGCCGCUGAAUGGCGUCGCCUGGUAUCCGGGGGGCUCGAUGAAGUCCAACUACUGGGUUCACUUCAUCUGCAUGGUGCUCUUCCAGUGGAUGCCGGCCCUCUUCGUGGACGCCCUGCUCUGGCUGCUUCGCUAUCCGCCGGUAUUGUGCCGCGUCCAGAACCGCAUCUUCAAGGGCUUCGAGGUCUUCGAGUACUACGCCAAUAAUGUUUGGAACUUUGACAACUCGGAGGCGGUGAAGCUGCGCAAGCUGAUGAACAACAAGGAGCGGCGCACCUACGUGAUCGAGAAAAUAGAGCUGGACCUGAUCGACUACUUCACCAACUGCGUCCUCUGCGCCCGCCGCCUGAUCCUCAAGGAGUCGGACGAAUCCAUUCCGGCGGCCAGGAGGCACAUGAAGGUGAUGUGGGUGGUGGACAAGGUCUACAAGGGUAUCUGGAUAUUCGGCAUUCUUUACAUGCUCUAUAGGUGCUUCUUCGCGGGAUAGAAUCCGUCCCGAUGCGACGCUUAGUUAAGUGCUGGAGACCAAAAGAUGUGCCCUGCCCCAAGCCGUAGUUGUUAUGUUUUUUAGGAACUAAGUCUUCUAGUUUUACCCGGUGCUGUUGAUUAGAAACGUAAUUCAUUUGUUUUGAAAGGCAGCGAAUAAAACAUUGGUUUAUGUACGGA